CUUUGCCCGGGCCGGCGUGUUGGCAGAUAGGAAGCCAUGUCUUUCACCGGCACGCAGGACAAGUGCAAAACCUGCGACAAGACCGUGCACUUCAUCGACCUCCUCACCGCCGACGGGAUCUCCUACCACAAGACAUGCUUCAAGUGCAGCCACUGCAAGGGGACGCUCUCGAUUAGCAGCUACUCUUCCAUGGAUGGUGUCCUGUACUGCAAGACCCACUUUGAGCAGCUCUUCAAGGAGACAGGGACAUUCUCCAAGAAAUUCCAAGGUAAUGCGGUAACAGACAUCAGAAAAUUUUCAACGUCAUCGCCGAGCAAGCUAUCGUCUGCAUUCUCUGGAACUCAAGAUAAAUGCGCAGCCUGCCAAAAAACUGUGUAUCCAUUGGAGAAGAUGACGUUGGAAGGCGAGUCGUACCACAAGAGCUGCUUCAAGUGCUCGCACGGCGGCUGCAUCCUGACCACCUCCUCCUACGCCGCGCUCAACGGCAUCCUCUACUGCAAGAUCCAUUUCUCUCAGCUGUUCAAGGAGAAGGGCAGCUACAACCACCUCAUCCAGACGGCGCAGAAGAAGAACGAGUCCGCGGAGGCUGCGCUGGAGCCGGCGGCAGAUGCAGGGGCGGCGGAGUAGGAAGCGCCUCCCCCACAAGCGGCAUAGAACAACCGUUACCAGUGAAGCAAAGAAAAAUAGAACCAUAUAUCUAUAUACACGAUCCCUGCAAUUUUCAGCUAGUAGUUUGCAAAUAUAUGUUAUUCUUCCUCGCCUUCUCUUGUUCUGCCUCUGACAGCUUGGUUUUUGUCAGUCUGUGGUUGUAACACAUGAACGUUUCUUUUCCCUGUAUGAGAGGCUCUGGAUUCAUGACUAUGAAAUGAGAGUACUGGUGUUAACAU